CAGUUUCCUUAUGAGUCAGCUUAGAUAGUCGUUUUUUCUGUAUUGUCAUAGACGGCUGAGAGUAAGCAAGCCCUUUCUUACACGAAUAAUCCAUCUAUCUGUGCGUCAGUGCCGAAAUUAGCUCUGCAGAAUAACAGAACAGCCACACCUUCCAAGAGGGAGACUCGCAUCAGAACUCCACUUUCAGAACAAAGAAGGACGCGUAAAGCGCAGUCGAGUGGUUCAAGCAAUGUAUACCCCAGUGAAGUUAGGUUGAUAUUGAAUAUUGGCUAUUCGGGUGGAUACUCAACAGUUUCUGCUCCCCCUGCUUGUCUAAACCUGGCCUCAGUCCCAAACCCCGCCUCUUAGAGCUUUACACAAUUCCAAGAAAUCAGCGCAGUGAAGUUUCUGUUGUGAACUUGUCAGUCUCUCUGUCUCACUGCAGCAAGAAUGGCUUCAAACUUGUGGUCAGAGGAGCACUUGAACUGUCCAGUGUGUAAGGAGCCAUUGAAGGAUCCAGUCACUAUUCCAUGUGGACACAGUUACUGUAUGGGGUGUAUUAAGAACUGCUGGGAUCAGACUGAUCAUACAGGUGUCUACAGCUGCCCCCAGUGCAGAAAGACCUUUACCCCAAGGCCUGAUCUGUGCAGAAACACCAUGCUUGCUGAAGUUGUGGAGAAAUUAAAGAAGACAGGACUCAAUCCUCCUCCUGCUCAAAGUUAUGCUGGACCUGGAGAUGUGUCGUGUGAUGUCUGCACUGGGAGAAAGUUCAAAGCUGUUAAAUCCUGUUUGACGUGCCUGGCCUCUUACUGUGAAACACACGUCAAGCCACACAGUGAGGUUACUCCAUUAACGAGGCACAAGCUGAUCAAUGCCAUUGGAAAUCUGGAGCAGAAGCUCUGUCCUGAACACCAGAAGUUUUUGGAGGUCUUCUGCAGAACCGAUCAGACGUGUAUUUGCUUGUUGUGUACAGACGAGGAUCACAAGAGCCAUGAUACAGUCUCAGGUGAUGCAGAAAGGAUUGUGAAACAGAAGCAGCUGGGAGAGACACAGACAGAAAUACAACAGAGAAUCCAGGAGAGACUGAAAGAAAUUGAGGGGCUGAAACAGGCUGUGGAGUCACUGAAAAGAUCUGCAUGCAUAGAAAUAAAGGAAAGUGAGAAGAUCUUUAAUGAGGUGAUCCGAUCCAUUGAGAAGAUCCACACUGAGGUUAUUGAGCUGAUUGGAGCUAACGAGAAAGCUGCAGUGAAUCAGGCUGAAGGACGCAUGAAGAAACUGGAGCAGGAGAUUGCUGAGCUAAAGAGGAGAAACACUGAGGUGAAACAGCUUUCAGAGACAGAGGAUCACAUCCAUUUUCUACAGAAUUUCCAGUCUCUCUGUGCCCCUCCUGAAGCUGGAGGCUUACCCAGUGUUACUGUCAAUACAGGCAUCUCUUUUGGGGCUGUGAGGAAAGCUGUAUCUGAACUUAAAGACCAUAUUGAGGACUUCUGCAAGGGGGAAUUAGUCAAAAUAACCAAAACAGUGAAUAAAGUUGCAGUUUACAGUCUGCAGGCUCCAGAACCAAGGAACAGUGCUGCAUUUUUAAAAUAUUCUUUAUCUAGAUCCACACCUCAAGCAUCAAACAUGAGAGUCAACACAGAAGCACAUGAAAAGAGAGCCCCAGGCAGUUCCCCUGAUUUGAGGAUGGUCCUGGUUGGGAAGAUUGGAGUUGGGAAAAGUGCCUCAGGAAACACCAUCCUGGGCAAAAAGAUGUUUACAUCACAAGCCAGUGACUCCUCAGUUACAAAUGUAUGUGAGAAGGGAGAAGGAGAGGUUUCCGGGAGACGUGUUGUUGUGGUCGACACUCCAGCCUUUGGCACAGACCUCUCUCUGGAUGAAGUCACUGAAGAAAAAUGCAUUGCUCUGUCUGCCCCGGGACCCCACGCUAUUCUCCUGGUGAUUGAGAUGGGCCGAUUCACAGGUGAAGACAAGAGAACAGUGGAGACAAUCCUGAGGAGAUACGGAGAGGAAGCUGAGAGAUACACGAUGGUCCUUUUCACCAACUGGGACAAACUAGGAGAGAAGAAAAUUAAGGAGUUCAUUCAGGGAGCCAGCAAGGAGCUCCGGGAGCUUGUUGAGAAGUGUGGGGGCCAUUAUCACGCCUUCAACAACAAGGAAGAGAGUGAUUGCACCCAGGUUUCUGAGCUACUGGAAAAAAUAGACAGGAUGGUGGAAGGUAACAGGGGAAGCCACUACACCAGUGAGAUGAUCAGACAGGUGAAAAAAAUGAGGAAGAGCAAAGAGCUCAUUUGUGAAGAAAUGGACGUUGAAGAGCAAGCCAAUGAUAAGCCAAGCAAGUCUGAUUCUUUAUCUAGAUCCACACCUCUGGCAUCGAACAUGAGAGACAACACAGAGUUGAGGAUUGUGCUGCUUGGGAAGACUGGAGUUGGGAAGAGUGCAGCAGGAAACACCAUCCUGGGAAGAAGGGAGUUUGAUUCAAAACUCAGCGCCACUUCCAUAACUAAUAAGUGUAAGAAGGGCACGGCAGAAGUUUCUGGGAGACACAUAGCUGUGAUUGACACUCCCGGUCUGUUUGACACAGAGCUCACUGCUGAUCAGAUUAAACAGGAGAUUGAGAAAUGUAUCUCUCUGUCUGCCCCGGGACCCCACGCUUUGCUGUUGGUUCUACAGGUGGGCCAAUACACACAGAGAGAGAGGGAAGCAGUGAAGAUUAUUUUGGGUGAGCGUGCUGCCAGAUACAUGAUGGUCCUUUUCACCCAUGAAGACAGUCUGGAAGAUGGCAUGACAAUUGAGAAAUACAUUGAGGGAGUCAAAGGGGAUCUCCAGCAGCUUAUUGAUGAAUGUGGGGGCAGGUAUCAUGUCUUUAACAAUAAAGACAAGAGCAAUACAGCUCAAGCUAUUGAACUGGUCAAGGAAAUAGAGGCGAUGGUGGAACGUAAUUGUGGGAGGUUUUACACCAUGGAGAUGUACAAUAAGGCAGCUGCAUCCACCAGUCAAAAUGUAGAAAUGGAGAAGGGAAAAGUGAGGAAUGAAAGGCCACCGCAUAAGACUGUGCAGAGCUCCAGAGAUGGGUGUAAUUUGAUGUAAUCUGUUUAACAUAUCUGACGUGUUUAUUGAAUGUCCUCUGCAUAAUUAUUUUCUUUACCAAUAUGUGCUUGAUUUUGUUUUCUUUUUAUUUGAAACAGCCAAUGAUUAAUAACCAAUGCUUAACAUUGUAUUUAGCUCUAUAAAUCAGUAUGAAUUCCCUUUCAGUACACCUUAUAUUGCCUUGCAUAAAAAAGCUAAAUACAAAAUGAAUUCUGUGUUAGUAAAUUCUGAAAAACAAAUAAAAAUUGUUAAGAAAAUAAAUGUGUCUGUCU